AUGGCAGCACGCAGAGAAUUGAUACUCUAAAUUUAAAAUCGAUGGUGAUCUCUUAUCUAGCAGAAUAAAAUUUUAAUAUUUAUGAAUUUGAGCUUUUUUAUACAGAAUAGACAUAAUAUCAAUUUUUCAUUUUUUUUGCGAAGUUUCCCUUUAAAAAAAAAACAUCUGUUCAGCGCACGGAAGAUCAAUUUAGACAACAUUGGUUAACAUGGUAAAGUGUUUGAAAGGGAGUCAAAUUAAAGUAUUUCAAUUUAAACAAGAUUGUCUGUGACAACCGAAAAUAUAUUUAAGCCUUUAUUAAAGGAUCUGAAAUACACACAAAUGUUAUCAGGAACAGCGCUGAAAAUGUAACACAACAUUAGUGUAUUUUUUUUUAAAGUACAAAAAUGUACCGCUUGAUAUUCUCAAUAGUUUUUCCCUUUUCCUGGACUUUAUGUGAAAUAGUCGUUAUCAGAAAACAAAAUGAUAAAAUAUAUACAGGGCAUAUGCUGUUUGAACUAUCGAUGCCGAUGUGGUCAUUGUGUGCCCAGUAUUGCUCUAGAGUACAAUUAUGCAAAUCUAUAAACUUUAUCACAUCGAAUAAGACUUGUCAGAUAAAUGAUGCUGAACCUGGGGAAAGUAACGGUGGUGAACUCAUUGAAAGUACAGGAAAUAGCUUUGUUGCGGCCUCAAUAUUCCCUGAGGAACUAGCUGGUCCAUGUAAAGGUCAUGGCUGUAAGCCUACUGAAGUGUGUAUUCCGAAGUCACCGACUUACUCUUGCAUCACUGUGCAGUUUAGUAAAAACAGACAUCAAAUCCGUUUAUGGGAAGUUGCGUACGGAAAGUCAUGCCAACAAAGUUCAACCGCUGGGGUAGAAUAUGCUUCAAAGGCUGUUGAUGGAGAUUUGAAUACAUAUAUGCACACUAACAAGGACCAAUCACCUUAUUGGAUUGUUGACCUAGGAAAACCAUACCAAAUAAAGCUGAUCGAAAUAUUCAACAGAAACAAAGGUUCUAUAGAUACAGGACGACGUCUGCAUGACCUGGACAUUAUUGUCGGUACUUCAUCAAAUAACAUGCAUCUAUGUACCCAUUACGCAGGACCGGCUCAACUCGGAGAUCAUCUUGUGUUUGGAUGUCAAUAUGACGAAAAGGCACGAUAUGUUAAAUUGAUGAUACGAGGAAGAGAGUUCUUACAUGUGGCUGAAGUCAAAGUGUAUGCACUGUAUGAAUAAUUUGGCUGAAUAAAUUAUACAUACGUUUU